AUGGCAAAAGAAAUAAAAAAUGGCGUCGUUCGAUUACCGGCGGAGGAUCUCUGCCUUUUUUAUGUGGAGUACCUCGACGAUGCCCCUGGCCUUGCCGGCAACGGCACGUCCAUCCUCCCCGCAGACCCCUACAACCCCGCAGUCGCUCGCGUUUGGGCCGCCUAUGUGAAUGACAAGUUGUUCCCUUCGUGCACCGGCUACGCCGUGGCUUAUUCCAACACCGGCAUCCUCAAGACAGCGAAGCAGGAGGAGAGAGCCAGUAAGGUGGAGGAGACCCUGCCCGGGCUCCGACACUUGGAAGCUGCCCUGGCAGAGUGCUCCAAAGGGGAGGUGGAGGCGCCGUUCUUCGGUGGUGGCUCCAUCGGGUUCCUCGACAUCGCACUCGGGUGCUAUCUUCCUUGGUUUGAGGCAGUAGGCCGCCUGGCCGGCUUGGGGCCGCUCAUCGACCCGGCGAGGACGCCGAAACUAGCAGCAUGGGCGGAGCGGUUCAGGGUCGCCGAGCCGGUCAAGGCGCUGCUGCCUAGGGUGGACGAGCUGGAGGAGUACAUCGCUACGGUGCUUUAUCCAAAGUGGAACGUCACGGUCACCGGUAACUAAUUAAAGAUACCGUGUUGUUCCA